AUAAAAUUGAUAAACAAGAAAUCAAUUGAACCCAAGUAAAAUUGGCCGGAGGCUGGAGACCUUUCAUUAGUAUGGGGGGUUGGAAACAGAACCAAAGCUGACAAAAUUGAGAGGACUAUUUCCGCAGAGUUAGCAAACUCCCUCAAACUUAGACAGCAGCGAAAAUGUUGUCAUCCUCAACCUCAAGGAUCACUUUCAUUUUUAGGCAUUCUCUUCUCCAAAUCCCUAAUUUUGUUUCCUUCCCUUCCUCUUCAUCCCUUCACUCUCAUUCUGAGCCCCCAUCCCUUCGUGAAGUUGAUGAAGCUGUUGAUUCCUUCACUCGCAUGCUCUCUAUGCGUCGUACUCCUCCCAUCAUCCAAUUUAACAAGAUUUUGGGAUCUCUUUCCAAGACGAAGCAUUUCCACGCCCGGUUUCCCUUUUUCAGCAAUUGCAGAAUGGAUUAUCAACCUAAUACGGUAACAUUGACAACAAUCCUGAAAAAGCAGUGCGCUUUCAUGACAGACUGCUGGCUCAUGGAUUUCACUUUAAUGCUCUGUAAGACCGGACACACAUCAGCUGCUAUUCAAGUGUUGAGAAAGAUCCCACGGUAUGGCAUUGCUCCUAAUGUCUUCGUGUACAGCGCAAUUAUUGAUAGCCUCUGCAAGGAUACACUUGUAAGUCAGGCUUUUCAUUUAUUCUCUGAAAUGCUUGCUAAGGGAAUUUCUCCCGAUGUUAUCACCUACAACACUCUCAUUUAUGGAUUGUGCCUUGCUGGUCAACUCAAGGAAGCCAUUGAUUUUUUAAGUGACAUGGUGCUUAGGAACAUUACUCCAAAUGUUUAUACCUAUAAUACUUUGAUUGAUGGGCUAUGCAAGGAAGGAAAGAUCAAAGAUGCUAAGAAUGUAUUGGCUGUAAUGGCAAAACGUGAUGUGAAACCAGAUGUAGUUACUUAUAACAGCCUAAUGGAUGGAUAUUGUUUGGUUAAUCAGGUGAAUAAGGCAAAAUAUGUAUUCAACACAAUGGCCCAAAGUAGAGUGUCACUUGAUGCUCAAAGUUACAAUAUCAUGAUUAAUGGCUUGUGCAAAAGUAAAAUGGUCGAUGAAGCCUUGAAUCUCUUUGAAGAAAUGCGUCAUAAGUACUUGGUUCCAAACACGGUAACUUACACCACUCUUAUUGAUGGCUUGAGCAAAUCAAAGAGAAUCUCUUGUGCUUUGGAGCUUCUUGUCAAGAUGCAUGAAAGAGGUCAACCCACUAAUGUUGUCACUUACAAUUCCUUGUUGGAUGGGAUGUUCAAUAUCAAACGAGUUGAAAAGGCACUUAUGUUAUUCAAGGAAAUGAAAGAGAGUGGCAUUGAUCCAGAUAUAUAUAUACAUACAACAUACUUAUAGAUGGUCUGUGCAAAAGUGGAAGACUUAAAAAUGCAAAAGAGAUUUUUCAAGAUCUUUCAAUUAAAGGCUGUUCUCCAGAUGUGAGGGCUUACAAUAUUAUGAUCCAUGGACUCUGCAAAGAGGGAUUUUUUGAAGAAGCAUUGGCCUGCUGUCGGAAAUGGAAGACAAUGGUUGCUUACCAGAUGCUGUGACUUUUGAAACCCUUAUUCGUGCUUUGUUUGAAAAGGAUGACAAUGACAUGGCGGAGAAACUUCUUCGGGAAAUGGUUGCUAGAGGCUUAUUGAUUUGAUAAAAGAAGAGGAAGUUUGUAUAGACUAAUUCAUCUGCCAAACAAUCAACUAGAUGAGCAAAGGCAGUUGAGAUGGCCCUCGAUACUGCCCGAGGAAUAAACCAUUUGCACAACUGCACUCCAGUGAUUGUACACCGUGAUUUGAAGUCACUAAAUCUUCUUGUUGAUAAAAAUUGGGUUGUGAAGUUAUGUGAUUUUGGCUUAUAAAGAAUGAAGCACAUUACAUUCCUUUCUUCCAGAUUAACUGCAGGAACAGCCGAGUGGAUGGUGCCUGAAGUAUUAAGAAAUGAACCUUCAAAUGAAAAGUAAGCUCAGUUAUCAUUGGUUUUCGUCAUUAAAUUUUUCUUUAUUUUGCUUGUGGAGGAGGAUUUCAUAGUCUGUGUUCCUCUCUGACCUGAAUCAUCUGGCAUAGGAAAAAAUAAGUUGGAGUUUUUAUUACAUAUAAGUGUUGUUCUUUGGCUUCCUUGUCUCGUCGUUCUUCUCAUUGGUUUUGCCACCCUUUUAAGGCAUUCAUAAUUUUAUGAUAACAAGUGGUGAUUGGAUAUCCCGGUGCGAUGUUUAUACUUUGAGUCAUAUUAUGGGAGCUCUCUACUUUGCAACAGCCCUGGGGUGGAAUGAAUCCGAUGCAAGUUGUGUGUGCUGUCGGUUUCUAGCAUUGUUGCCUUGUCAUUACAGAUGAUAUGGAUCCUGCUAUCACGGAUAUUAUCAAUCAAUGCUGGCAGACAAAGUAUGCUGAUAGAAUUUAGCACUCUAUGUGUUACUCACCUCACCACAUAGACAUGGAUUCUAAAAUGAACUCAAUUCCAAAAAAUUGUGGCAAUGCUAGAUUUCUUAGGAGACAACUGAUGAAAUACAAAGGAGACGUUUUUGCCCAAAAUUGUCUGCCUACUUCACCCCAUUUUCGCUUCUCCACGAAUGUAACGAGAGCUUCAGAAUGUAUGUAGUAGUAAUAUGAAUUGCAUUUAUUUAUUAUGAGUACAUUCUUUGUAUCAUUCUUUAUAAGGCUACUUUACAUUUUUCAGAUCA